AUGCGUAAACCGCGAUGCGGCGUCGAGGACAUUUCGGAGUGCACGUUCGCUCCGCUUUCGAACAAAUGGCCUAGGAAACAUCUCAAAUGGAACUUUCAUCUGGCCAACGAGCGGAUCUUGAAAACGGCUCGAGCCGCGUUCGAUCUGUGGGCAGCGAAUUCAUCAUUGACGUUCGAGCGUGAUUCGCUGAAUCCCGAUAUUCUGAUAUCGUUUCGCGAGAGACAUCACACGAUGUUACGCUCCCAAGAAAACGAACUGUGUGCAGCUCCGUUCGACGGCCCCCACAAAGAUGUCGCUCACGCAUUCUUUCUCACCGGAGAACCCAAUUACGUCUCAGAGGUGCACGUUGACAAAUCGGAGACGUGCCACAUACAGCUGAAUAAGAAUCCCCCGGGAACGUACAAUUUACUUCAGACGCUGACGCAUGAGAUCGGUCAUGCUUUAGGCUUGGCGCACAGCCGCCGCGAAGAUUCGGUGAUGUUCGCGUACGUUCCUGUUAAUCAAUUCCCCGUUCAACUCAAUCUAGAGGACGUUCUUUCUAUUCAACACCUGUACGGUGCUAAAAAAAACGCUAAAUUUCCAAAACUAGCAACGACGACGACACCAACGACUAUCACAACGACGACACCGACGACAACGACGACGACGACGACUACGAAAGACGUCGAGAUGGAUCUGUGCGCCUUGCGAAACGUGGAUACCGUACUGAUAAUGAACGGUCGAUUGUACAUCUCGCACGAACGAUACAUAUGGUCGAUCAAUAUAGACGGGAAAACUUAUAAGAAACCCUUGCUAUUGACGGACUACAUGAAAUUCCUUCCUAAGAAUUUUACGCGUCUGACGGCCGCGUAUCAGGCGCCCUCGGGCAAUAUCGUACUGUUUGCUGGCAAUAUGAGCUAUAUGAUCACUUAUCCGCGUGUAAAGCUAGUUUCAACUUGGCCGAGAUCUCACGCAGAUCUCGGACUUCUCGAUACGAACGCAAAGAUCAACGCCGUGCUGAACACGAACGAAGGACGAUCUUUUAUCAUAUACAACAAUAAUGUUGUGGGCAAGAUAGACGAUUGUUCGAUGACUAUCGUUAAGUUCUACCACAUUGACAUGAUAUUUCCUCAAAUACCUCACAGCGUGUCGUCGGUUUUUCGAGAGACGGACUGA